AUGUCAAGUCAAAAAGUGGCAUUAGUAACUGGCGCCACACGCGGCAUUGGGAGGGCCAUUGUGGAUCGGUUGUCGAGGGAAGGGAUGUGUUGUAUCAUGGUAGGUUCCAAAUUAGAAAGCUUUAGGUCUAUGACGGAAAAUCCGCCAGUUUUGCUUCAUAAGGAGCAGUGGCAUCGUGGGCUGGCGAUCGAUUUGGCACGAUGGCCCCAUUGGGUUGAUGAGAAGCAAUUUUCUGGGAUCCAUUUUUCGAAAGAGACCCACUCCAGCGGACACCUACCGGUAUCUGGGACCUGGCCCUUGCUGCAAUUGGACACCGGAUACGAAUUGGCAAUGCUCGUCAACGUUGCAGGAAUCGCUCAAGCGUCUCCAUCCGUGCUGUGCGGCCCCAUGGAGAUGCAGAAGAUGGUGAACAUCAAUUUUCUCAGCGCAGUUAGCAUGUGCAACGCAGCUGUACGACGUAUGAUCCGGUCUCGCAAACGACUGGAUCGCGCUCCAUGCAUCGUAAACGUUUCUUCUGUAUUGGGAGACCCAGGUGUCUAUCCUGUCACUGGCACAUCCGUGUAUAGUGCCACGAAAGCUGCUUUGGCACAAUAUUCGCGGGUUUUGGCCGCAGAAGUGGCCGACACCGGUAUCCGCGUGGAGUGUGUGUCGCCAUCCCUCGUUCCUGACACGGACAUGAUUCAGAGCUUGAGCCCACAAGCACGAGAGAGACUUUUUGCUCAAUUUGGUGAAAACAACGAUACACACAUCCAAAACAAAGAGGAAAUCGCCACACAAAUAUGGGAGUUGUACGAGAAACCUUGA